UCGGAUUGUGUGUGUGUGUGUGUGUGUGUGUGUGUCUCUCUCUGAUUCUCCGCUGCUUGCACUCUGUCUCUCAAAAAUAAAUAAAUAUUAAAAAAAAUUUUUUUUUAAAUACACUUGACUAGAAGCACUAAAUUCUACGACAUUGAGACAAUGGAGCUGCGGGAGGGGAAGUAGAGGCAGAGACCCGCCCCAGAGCGGGAGGGGCGAAGGAGAGGUCCGGGGGACAGCCCCCGCCCCACCCCGCGGCGAGCUGGCCCCGCCCCUCGUACGAGCCCCUUUUUAAAACGCGCGGGCGCGCCUUGCGCAGGCGCGGUGCCACUUAAACCUUAGUCGUGCCUGCGCUUUGGUGGUAGGAUGGCGGAAUUGGUCUCUUUUACGGUUCCCACGGAGAGUGACAAAACCUUGCUGGUGUGGGAGCUGAGUUCUGGACCCACGGCCGAGGCCUUGCAUCAUUCUCUGUUCGCAGUAUUCUCCCAGUUUGGCCUUCUGUAUUCGGUCCGAGUCUUCCCAAACGCUGCAGUGGCCCGUCCUGGUUUCUACGCCAUCAUCAAGUUUCACUCAGCAAGGGAUGCUCACAGAGCCCAAAAGGCAUGCGACCAGAAGCAGCUUUUUCAGAAUUCUCCAGUGAAGGUUUGUCUUGGCACCAAACAUAAGGCGGUUCAACAUCAGGCCCUUGCCCUAAACAGCUCCCAGUGCCAAGAACUGGCAAAUUAUUACUUUGGUUUCAAUGGAUGGUCAAAAAGGAUCAUCAAGCUUCGGGAUCUUUCUGACCUUGAAGAAAGGGCAAAUGAAGAUACUGUGCCACCACUUCAGAAGCAGAGCCUGAAAUUCUUCUGUGCUUUAGAGGUGGUGUUGCCAUCCUAUGAGUGCGGGAGUCCCGGAGCUGGCAUGGCCGGAGAGGAGCCUUUGGAUAACCUGGAGGAAGGGCCAUUAUCAUUUCUUAUGAAAAGGCGGACAAUCCAGAAGCUUGCUGUUCAGAAGGCUGUGUCAGAUGCAUUCCAGAAACUGUUGAUUGUGAUUUUAGAAAGUGGUAAAAUAGCUGUGGAAUACAGACCCUGUGAAGAGAUCCCAGAUGCCAGUACUGAAGACGAGCUACAGGAUUUCAUUCAAGUAUGUGGAGAUUAAAGUUCAGGGGUGACAUAGCCACUGUAGCCACAAUGUAAAGCAACCAGCAGAAUUUGGAAGACUUUGGCAUUAGCUCUAUCAUCCUUUGGGAAAUGUGAAACUCAGAAACUGCUUUUGACUGCAGGGGAUUUCUGGGGCUUUUCCUGAAGUCCUGACCCUCGGCUCUGACCCCUUAUUUGAAAUUUGGAGAGCAAAUUUCAUCAGAGCACUCCCACAGUUGUGGACAUAGGAGAGGACACAAGCCUUUUAGAGCUCCCCUCAAACAGAAUCUCAAGGAUUUGGGAACAGAGUAACUAUGGCCUUAAAUGUGAUGAUACUACAGCGUUUGAAACCAUUAUGCCAUUCAGAUAGGAUGUAUCACCCAGAUGUCGGCAUCUCAUAUAUAUCUUGCAUGAAUAUCUUGCUGAAGAACUUUUCUGUAAAUCACUCACAUGGAUGUCCUGAAUUAGGGAUUAAGUUGCCAAAAUAAUUUCU